GAAUCAAUGAAACUUAUAAAAGCGGUGCUUUGAAGUUGUUGCUCUGACGCAAAGAUAAAAGCGUCUCCGAUGAAGAGUUUGAGAAGAUUGACAGCUCAGACCUCACGCGACAUCAGUCCGCCUGAUCUCAAGUCUUUAUGAAUGGAGGAACCCUCGCGAAAGUCUCUCUGUAGGAGGCAACAGGCGACGUGGUAACAGCAAUUAUUUACAUCGCAACCACAGGAUGGAGUUAUUUAUGUGGGAUUGAAUGUUAUGUUUAAUGUCAAAGCAGAAGUGAAGGCCUGUUUUGUGAAUGACUGAAGUCAUGGCUUACUGGAUCCAGCUUCAUUGGAGAAUCUGGUUGUUGGUUCCACUGGCUCUGGAUCAUCUCACUCUUGCUGAAGAUCCGAAGCCUACCAGAUGGCCUCUUUACCCUCAGAAGCCUGUGGUUCUGGUCUGGAACGCCCCAACAGAAGACUGCAGGCCUUGGCACAACGUCCACCUCCAGCUCGAUCAGUUUCAGAUCGUAGCCUCUCCGAAUGAAAGCUUCACCGAGCAGAACCUCACCAUGUUCUACAAAGACCGCCUGGGCCUGUAUCCACACUUUGAGGACAGAGUGGCUGUCAACGGUGGACUACCGCAGCUCGCCAGCCUCACGCACCACCGAGAGAAGAUGCCGGAGGGGAUUGCGAAGUACAUUCAUGACCCGUCUGCACGAGGCCUGGCCGUGAUCGACUGGGAUGAAUGGCGUCCGAUUUGGAUACGGAAUUCGGAUGCCAAAAUCAUUUACAAGACCCACUCACAGCACUUAGUGGCCCAGAAAUACCCAGGCUGGACUCAAACCAAGAUAAAUAAAGUAGCCCAGCAGGAGUUUGAGAUGUCCAGCCGUAAAUUCAUGCAGGAGACAUUACGGCUGGCCAAAAGCUUGCGUCCAAACCAGCUUUGGGGCUUCUACCUCUUUCCUGACUGCUAUAACCACGACUACCGUCGCAGUCUGGAGAACUACACGGGACGCUGCCCGGAUGUGGAGGUGGCCAGGAACGACCAGCUGAAGUGGCUGUGGACUGAAAGCACGGCUCUGUUUCCAUCCGUAUACAUGAAGUCCGUGCUGCGUUCAUCAUCCUCCGGUCGCCGGUUCGUCCGAAACCGGGUGAAGGAGGGAAUGAGAUUGGCAUCGGUAGGAGAGGGAUUGGCACGUCCUGUUUUUGUCUACAGCCGCCCUACGUACGACGAUGAGCUGGAACUGCUGACAGAGAUGGAUUUGGUGUCCACCAUUGGAGAAAGUGUGGCGCUGGGUGCAGCUGGUAUCGUUUUGUGGGGUGAUGCUGCUUAUGCCAGCAGCAGUGUAAGCAUUCACACACCACAUUAUAUCAGAAAUAUACCCACUGGGCCACAACCGUCCUCAAACCUCCUCAACGUCUCCACAGCAGCCGAGCAGUGCAGUCGCUUCCUAUGCAGUUCCCACGGCCGCUGUCUGCGCAGACAUCCUGACACGGACACGUAUCUGCAUCUUGACCCACAGACGCACACGAUAGUAGGCGAGGGGAGUGAACUGCGCGUGAAGGGAGACGUGAGCGUGGAAGAGCAGCGGCGGAUGAGCAAAGACUUCCAGUGCCAGUGUUUCAGUGGGUAUCAGGGCGAGAGAUGUGACCUCGAGGACCCUCUUCAGCAGCGAGGAGACGGACAUGCAUUGAAAGCAUUAUGGAUUUACCUUCUCACUCCAUUACUGCUGCAUUUACUGACCUGAGCACACGCCAUAGACACUUGAACUCGUUUUCUUGCUUAUGAAAUGCUUGGCUGGUCAGUGCGCUCCAAAUGCUGUUGUGAAAAGGUCCUUCGCUUUCAUGAAGUCAUGAGGGUGAGCUUGAAAUCGAAAUUUAUACAGGAAACUCAGAGUUCCUUGGAGUUUAAAUAAGCACUUUUGUUUGUUGUCACACGUUACUCACACAACAUUUGAGCCAGAUGUAGGAUAUUGUGCAACAGGAAAAUCUAAUCAAGAUUUAUGACUAACUGAGUAGUGGAUUCAUUCAGAAGAAGUCUUUGCUUGAGUCACUGUUAAAACAGUUUGAACUGGUGCACAAUCUUGUUUUGAGUGUAGAUUUGAGAAGUGACUAUAAAGGGUAGGCUGCGAACGUCAUAUGUAGUAAAGCAAAUACACAUGUAUGAUUUGAAUAGGAUCUGAGUCUUAAAGGAACAGUAAUGUUAAAAAUGAAAAUUGUCAUUAUUUA